AUGUUUGAAAAAUAUCAGAAUGAAGAAGCAGAGUUAUACUUUCAAAAUGUCUGUGUGAGUAAUGGCGAUACAGAUGGAGUGCUUGAUGUUACGGGCCGUGUUAAGGGUGGCGAAAUCUUGGGAGUAUUCGGGCCAAAAGUGGUGCAAUUUCUUGACCGAGCUAUUAAAAAGCGCCUGGCCAUCGCCUGUUCAAUGCUGACCAGUCCUGUUGUUCUUCUUUUAGAUGAUCCUCUUUUCGGAUUGGCUUUCGAGGAAACUCUAGACCUGCUCAAGUUGUUACGCCUGUAUGUGGAGAAGACUGCACGAACUCUAGUGAUUGCGACUAGUACUUGUCCAGGUGUCGUGUAUCAAGCUUGUUCUCAGUAUCUCUUCCUCUACAGGUCAAAGAUGGCUUACAGCGGUACACCACAUGAACUCGUCCAGUUCAUGAAAGACAUUGAUCUGGGUUGUCUUCAUGCCUAUAACCCCGCCGAAUACUUUUUGGAGCGGCUAUGUGAGGAAAACCUUGACGACAGCAAACCAGUUCAGGAGAAAAUUAUAACUGCGUUCCGGGAACGGAUACAAACGAAAGAAUACUCUACGAACUGUACUGGAAGUGACGUCAGACACGAUGACAUUGUAGACGACUCGUUAAGACGACACAAUGGUUUAAACAAGGACAUUGUCUCACACUCUACACCGGGGCUAGAUGAAGCUCAUGUUUUAAUAGACUACAAAUCAGUUAAGUCGGCAGUUAACAAUUUAUCAAUAAGGAAGUUCAGUCAAACGUGGAGCGCGCCAUAUUGGCACGAAUUCCUUGUAUUAUUAGCCCGGAACUUCCACAAUGCACGGCGGAGAAUGUUAUUUCCGGUGGGCGUGGUUCAGAAUCUCUAUAUCCUUCUCAUAUGUGUUCUGGUAUGGUGGCAGCCGGAAAGAAACGAAGACACGGUCAAGGACAGGCUUGGACUGUUUUUCUUUACCGUGGUGCAGUGGGCAUUCUUCGCCUUAUUAGACGCAAUAUUGACAUUCCCCAAAGAGAUGAAGGUUUUAAACAGAGAACGGACGUUCGGACGGUACCGUCUGUCCGCCUAUUGUCUGUCUAAGACCCUGAGUGAGCUCCCAUUGGCCGUCCUACAGCCGUGUGUAUACCUAUGUGUUAUAUACUGGGUGGCCAAUCUCAACGGAGUACACGCAUUCUUGUCGUCGCUAGGGAUUCUCGUGCUGAAUGUCCUGGCCGCGCAGAGUAUUGGACUGUUCGUCGGGGUGGCCCUGGAGCCUCCUUGGACCGUCAGUGUGGUAUCCCUGGGACUUCUCUCUAUGAUGCUUUGGGGUGGCGCCUUCAACACCCCACCGCCCUGGCUCCGGUGGGGGAAGUUUGCUUCCUUUUUUUUCUACGGUCUCAAUGCAUUUAUCUACAUAGAGUUUACGGACGCUCCACCAAUAAAGUGUGUGCCGACCAGUCCCUACCACACGGCUCCUAUAUGUAAUCUUCCUCUCAACGGAACCAACACAACAAUUCCAGAGUUUCCGUCCAAUAUACUUCUGGAGCCACUCGGGGUCGAUUGGCCACUGUGGUCCUAUAUCGUCGUUUUGGCGGGAAUCAUGGUAGUCACGCGGCUGCUGUGGUACAUUCUCCUUCGCAGGAAGAAACUGGAUUGGUAGAAUGUGACGUCACGUGUACAUGCGACCGUUCCCGGCAAGAAAAUAUAGUUCGUGGAAAUAAACACAAAAUCAGACCCUUCCUCGUUGUUUAAAAGGUCAGGAAUUGCUAAUGCAUAGUUUGCCAUUUUCUGGCAGACGACACACUUUCGUGACGUCAACAAUGCACUUAAUAUAGUGACGUCGGUCAAAACGACGUCAUUUAGUCACGACGUCACGAAUAUGUUCUUCAUAUCACUACACCAACGGAAAUUAUGUGAGAAUAACGAUCUGAUAUCAAUCAAUUUUGGUUGGUUAGGUUAUAUAGUGGCAAUGCAGAGCAAUUGGAAAUAUUCAUCAUUGACUAUGAUUUUAUUCGUGGGAAUCACCGAUUUCAGGGAAGCUGAUAUUUUGAAGUCGUUUACAAAGGUCUGCGUAACACCCGAAGCCCGGAUCUCUGGUUAUGUGAUCAAUGAGUGCUUCCCUGCUCCUGGUAAAGAUGUCUAGUUCCUAUUAAUAAAAAACCCUGAAUAUCUGUGAACAUAUUUCAAACAUUAUAUUAUGGUUAAAGUUUUUCGGUUGACUAAUCGAUGAAUAUUCAAUAUUUACGCAUGUCAUACCUUGUAUAACUCAUCUCGAUGACUAGUUACACCCGUAACAAACGUGAUAUAAAUACAUCCAACAUGAUGGGAACUUCGAUUCCAAUUUUCUGCUUCGUCGAAUACGUAAGAGUUGACCAGUUCCUGUAAACUCUGCAAGACUUACCUUCUAACGUAACGCCUCGAUGCAAAAUGGUUCCGACAUGUUAGAUCGUAGUUAUUUUCAAUCCUGUGAAUUCAUUGACUUGACAAUCGGAAUUCUUGAUUAUUCGAAAUAAUGGCAAAUAGCUGUACCACGCUUUGAGUUGAAUAUGCAGUUAUCUUCGUCAUAAUAUAUUCAAGAUAUAUUAUGUGUGGGCCCGUAUUCAUGACAAUUUUCUCAUGCUCAAGCAUGGAAUCUGUGCUCAAACCAACUUU